CGUAAGUGACAACGCGUUUCCAACCAACAGCGUCUCCACUACCGGGUAUCCGGCACAUAUCGCCUAGCAUAGCCUCGUUUGCACAUGUCAUAUCAUCAGUACCUUUCGCCCAUUUCCUCAACUUUCAUCAACAAAUACCGCUAAUCCAGCCACAAAUCCUGGGAAUAUCAGCCGACGUAUUGUGAUGUCACCAAACAUUUCCUUUGACUCCGGCACUAUCGACAGAUUCAACCGGGCAGCAGCCGGGUACAUCGUGCCUCUCCUUCUUAUAGUCUCGAACCUGAUUGCCUAUAUCAACAAAGAUGCAUCCAAAGCUUAUGAUCUUACUGGCCUUAACGUCUUUGCCAACCUCUAUCUGCUGGGAGCCUAUCUUAGAGGCGACAGGUUCGGCUAGUGGCCCGCGACCAAGUGCGGUGAACCAGGAGAUACAUCUUGAGCUGCUCCAUGCACUGGAACAACUUCAGCACAGUGAGUCCGAAAAGGACGUGCCUGAGAAACGGAGAUCUAUAUAUGAACGUGCAUGGGCUGCUGUUGCGCCAUCACAUGAGUUUACAGAGGGACUCAAGGUAUUAUGGCUUCGUUGGACUUUUGAAAUCAAGCAUGCCGCCGGGCUCGCAGAUUGCGGAUACUUCAGUGGACACGCCGGUCCUAAGAAAGAGAUUUACUACCAGUAUGAGACUGAUGAUGGCCAUUGUGAUACCGUCAUCGAACAAAUCGAGAUCCAACGUGCAAUCGAGCAUCGUAUCAAGACAGAAGGGCCCUCUCUACGUCACACUGAAUGUCUGGACCUGACUGACACCGGUGUUUGGAAUGGCCACCUUCUCAUCGGACCGACCAAGGGCUUUGACUACGAGAUAGAAUGCGGGCCAAAGCUUGUAGUUACUCCAGUGUCUAUGAUGUGGGAUUUGGACAGUCUCCAGGAGGAAGAGAAGAAAAAGGAGAAACAGAAAGGGGCCGACCGUGAGCUAUAGAGGGUCUAAAUUAGUUGUAGGUGAGAAGUUAACAAUCAGUCUACUGGUAAACUAUUACAUAUUUUGACGAGUUAUGGAAAGUCGGGAGAGUACAGGCCAAGGAAGGAGAUUAUUAGGAAGCCAAUUCCGUAAUAAAUCGUGCCAAAGAGAAUGAUAACCGCAAAUGGUAUGAAUCCUGGUGUGCUGGUUGUUAGACUCACCUGUUACUUGUAUCUUAUCACAACGCACUUCUGACUUCGCGGAAACAUGAAGUCAUUGCAUCUUCAAAGAAUUAUAGGAAUUUAUCACCAAUGGCAUCAUAGCCUACAAAGUUUAGGAGGCAUACUUCGGGAAAAUGAACUUAUUUAGUUUAGAGUUGUAUUUAGACAUCAUUAGCCAGACGCCGAGAGAACAAGC